CUCUGACUGUGCAUGUUGAUCGGUAGAUUGGCAUGGUAUAAAUGUCAAGAGUUAUGCUAUGUACGACUGGUGUUUGAUUGAGAACAAAAGAAUUGAAUAUUUUCACUCCGAUUUGAGAUCUUUGUAAACAGAUUCAAUGGGAACAAUAUCAAGUUUGCAUGUGGACUCUUUACAAUGCAUUUGAGCAGGGCUGACCGCAGAUUUUUUCCCUGUUCCUACAUGAUGGCUCUAUGGCAAGCCAUAGCUUUGCUUGGGAUUUGUGGACUUAUUAAGUGCAAUGAUGGCGUGUGCAACGUGACCUGCACCACAGACUUUAUCUCCAUGCUCAACUGCUCCAAUUCUGACUCGACAGGAGCAGCUUCUUGUCAUGUUGCGGCAGAUUGCAGGGAUGAAUAUUAUGCUACAAAUGGGAGCUGCACUAUCAAAGCGCCACAGUCCUGGUGCACAAUGGAGCCAGAGGAUAUGGAAAUGAUAAUGUCCUAUGAUACUAAUUGCUCUAUCAUAGUCACACAAAUAACCAAACAAGGCAAUUUGGAGACCCCCGCAAAGAGUCACUCAGAAAAUAUUGUUUUAUACAGAUUUGUUAAACCACAACAACCGUUCAACCUAAAUAUUACAAAAAUUGGUGGAGAUUAUAACCUAACUUGGGAUGUGGCUUAUACAGAAAACUUUCUGUAUAAAGACUUAUACUACACAGUACGGUUACGAACUAAAAGUGACCCAGAGAAGACGGCACAAAUUUACGUCCUGCAGCAGGAACAACAAUCAUUGGUUAUCAGCGGUGAAAAACUCCUGCCAGGAAGGCAGUAUGUAGCAGAAGUUCAGGUUGCAGUGCAUCCUUCAACUUUUCCAUCCAUGUGGAGUGAAUGGAGCAACAGUGUCGAAUGGACAUCUGACCCUUCACAGUCAGAACAGUUCUAUUUCCUGCUGUUGGCACUUCCUGUUUUGAUGGUGGUGCUGCUUGUGUACAGUGGGAAAUUAGGGGCCAUCAAAAAGCUGUUCUUAUGGCAACACAUCCCAAGCCCUCAUGAGUACUUCACACCACUCUACAAUUCACAUCAAGGAGACUUUAAGAGGUGGGUCGGACCAGUCCUGACCUUCAACAGCUUUGAUGUCCUUGAGAAGAGCACCACUCUGCAGGUGCUUUGUGAGAAGCAGCAGAAUGACAGCUCAGAAGAACCUGCUAACAGGACCGGCGAGCGGGACUUUGGUCCGGCGGGUCAAAACUCAUCUAAACUCUACUUCCACGGCAGCAACAGUCAAGGCCUCGCACACUCCGGCGGCCACAUAUCGAUGGACACCGUUACGGUAUCAGGUCAGGAGGGCGUCAUGGCUGACUGGUCCAGUGAUAUCCAAAGGCGGAGCCUAGAGGACUUCCUCAAUGACAAAGACGCCGAUCAGAGAGCGGCUGAGAUGAAUGACAGACAGCCUCUUGUACCGGACGGCAGGAGGAGUUUACAGGGUUCAGACUUUGAUGACUGGCAUCUACAGGAGCACGAUCUGGAGAACAUGGAGCAGGUCUCGCUGGACUCCUUCGGUUCUAAUGAGCAGUCCGAUGAUGGCUACCCACAAAUGGGUUUGGAUUUGGACACCAUAGACAGUGGAUUUCUGGAGUCUGAUUGUUCCAGCCCCUCUGCGUUCGAUGGGAACGAGCAGAUCGAUACUUCAUCGCUGGAUGGCGUGGGACGCUCCCAUUCAAAUUAUGUCAAACAGUGGGUGGCUUUUACAUCAGUUCAAGUUGAUGCCCAGAGCAAUGGAAAGUAGCUGUUCGUGGGAGUUUCUAUUGCUGCAACAAACUAAAUCACAGCUGAAUAAUAGACGAUAGAAAGUCAAAGAAUCUACAAAGUGUUUGAAGACUUCACUAGUCGGACCUAACUUGCGCACAAUGUGUUUUAUUGCACUGAACUGUAUUUGUGGCAUAAAUGGACUCAUUCGACAUCAGCUGUGUGAUCAUUCACAGGACAUUGCUCUACAUUAAGACUGCAGGACAGUAUGUGUGGCUGCAUCUCAAUUUGCAAACUAUCAUUCCUUUAGGUCUAUAGACUAGUCAAGCUAGUGCCAUAUUUAAUAUGACAGGAUUGGAAACGAGGCUGUGAGAGAAUUCAAAGAAUUGUAGUGUUGUUUAACAAUAUAACAAUUGUUCAACUGACGGAAAACCAUUUUUUAGUUGACAACAUUUCUAGAAAACAGUUUCAAAAGUUGUGCAUUGUGAAAAAGACCUGACCUAUGACCUUUUAUACAGUGUAUGUGACAUUGGACAGUAUGUAAGCCUGUCCUUCACAGCUUCGUUUCGAUCUGUGUUACAUUUUAUAUGGUGUCUAACCUGAUUCAGUUCUGUAGUCAGAGGUUGUGCUACUAAUAAUAAUUAUUUGUCACUCUAAUGGACUGGGUUGUACUUUUUCUGUCAGACUCUAUUUUUAUAUCUCAGUAAAAUAUUGUUACACUCGAUAUAUUAAUGUGACUGUGUCACAAGAACUUCAGAAUCCCAUGAAUUACACUCUUCAAAUCCUACUUUUGAAAUCCUACUACAUUUUAAAACCUUUUUCCUUCUCUUGGACUACUGGAGUCCAUUUUUGACUGAGAGUAAAAGGAAGAAAAAAAAAACCUGAAGUAAUGGUGAGAAAGUUAAAGAUAAAAAAUAUUUAUAGGCCUAAUUGCAUUUUCAGAUGUAUUACAACCGUGAGAUAAGAGGUCACAGCAAAUAAAGUCACAAUUACAUGCAAUAACAUCUCUGAUUUAAAACCAAUGCAUAAAAAGAUAUUUGUGACUUUAUAGCUCAGAUUCACAACAAAUUAAAUCGUAGUUGUUUUUUAAAUAAUUAAUUUGUACUCUGAGGCAGGAUUCCAUGAUAAGUGUCCUGGCCCGCUCACACCAAGAAUGAUAACUGUAAAAUUCUAAAAAUCAUUUUACAUUUAAGAGAAUUCAUACCACAGCUAUAACAAUAACAUUUAUAGUGGUACGGUUCCACUUUCAGAAUGAUAUUUUCCAUCUGGUGAACAAUAACGGCAUUGACAGCCAAUCAGAAUCCAUCGUGCUCUAACAAGCUCAGGCAUUUUAAAGUGCAGUCGACAGAACUGCAGCAUGCUUCUAUAAUGAAAACAACUUUAUUGUGCAUUGGCGUGGAUGCUAAUAUAGUUAGCAUUCUGGGUGUGAAUUAUGUAAAGUAUUUUGAAUUAUCAUUAUGCAUUUACAGUUUUGCCAAAUUAACCACACAACAUUUAGUGUGCAAGAGUAGAAUUAGUGCAUGCCAAAAUCAUAAUACA